AUGAAUGAACCUCAAGAUUCAAUUAACAUUAACAGUGAAAAUAUAGAAAAUAUACGUAAAGAAGGCUUAAUUAUAGACUAUCCAUCAUGCAUCAACCAACCUUACUCAUUUAUCCUUAUGGACUUAAUCAAAUCAUGUUUAAGAGAUGAUGGAGAAAUGAAACAAUUUUUCGAAAAUUCAAUAUAUCCCAGAUUUAUGAAGAAAUUCCAAGAAGAAAUGCUCUAUAACGGGAAGAUUGAAAAAGAUUUCACCGAUUCUACAGUUAAAUUUUUCCUCCUGAAAAUAAUAGGAAAUUAUGACCAAGGAGCAUUAAAUCCAACAGAACAAUUUUCGACUAAAACAGAAUUUUUCAUCUCAAGGAUGUCACCUAAAGAAAUAAGAGAUGACUGCCUCACUGUCAUUAGAACUUUGACAGAUUUUAGUUUUGGGAAACAAAUCGAAGAUCCAUAUGGAGUUAAUCCAGAAUUUUUAACAAGAGUUGCUAAAUGGUAUUUAUGGCGCUCGCCGAAGUUUCUUCAAGAUCAAGCUAUUGAACAAAUUUCAGAAUUCGUAGAACAUCUUCGUUCAGGUGUCAAAUCUUUCAAUUUCGAUAAUCUUCAAAUGGACUUCUGUGAUAAUUACAAAGUUAUUGUUAACACUAAAAAAGAAGGCGAAGAGUUCGGUGAGAUUUUGACAUUAAUACAAGAUGACAAGAAGAUUGUUAGAUAUUUCAUUAAAGGAUAUUUGGGAUAUCCAGCCAAAAACGGAUAUUUUGAUCAAACAGCUCUUUUUGGCCCAUUGUGGGUAACAGAUGAUCCAUUUCCGCCAGAAUAUUAUCACUAUCCUUACUUACGAGAACCUUUUGCAUACAAAAUCCUUGAAUUCUUCGGAAUGGGUCCUCAUACCGAAUUCAUAAUCAAUCCAUAUAUUGGCCGUGGAUUUUAUAUUGCAACACGAGAUUUAACCCAUGAAAACAAUACAUUUUAUGAACUCGAAAAAAAUAUAUUUCCAAACUAUGACUUUGACCGAUGCUUGUAUCACAGAUUUAAUCCAUCAGUUAAUUCAAUACGUAAGAUCCCAAAAUCAGAAGAUUUAAUUAUAAUUUUUACCAAAUUGACAAAACUCGACAUCAUUAGUAGAAUAAUGCAUUUAUUCGAUUUGAACAAAAGAAAUAUCGGAUUAUCAUUAGAUAAUUGCGGAAAUGCACCAGAUAUCAACUUUUUCCUAUUCGAAAAUAUUCCACGAGAAAUUCCAUAUAUUAUUGACUUUAGAGUUGCAAAAUUUACUAAAGAUUAUAUAAAAUCCGUUGGACAUGAGUUCUUAAACGGAAGGACUAAUAUUGAUUAUGGUUCUGAGUCAACUAUAAGCCUUGCUCUCAAAAAUAAAACAAAGCAAGAAAAGUUUCUUUUAGGUUUCAAAGCAAUGAAAGGUAUUCAGGAACAGUUAGCUUCAAUAUCAAUAACAGAAACUAACGAUGAAUGUAACAGCAUAGAUGAAAUUCAACUUAAAGAGUUGUUGAAACAGAAAUCAUCAGAAUUUAAAUCGCUGUUUCUUCAACGAAGAGAUGAUUUACCCGUUUUCAGAAACAGAACAAAUGCCGAACUCAUUGGAUACUCAACUCGAAAUUCAUCAUCAAAUGAACACGAGUCAAACGACAAACAUGUUUUAUCCAUCGAAGAUGCAUUCGAUGAUCUUGAUAAAUACUGUUCUGAUAUUGUUAGUUGUUAUCAAACUCUUAAGAACUUCAUCCUCAAAGGAUAUCAUGAAUAUUACAACACCGAUGGAAAUCUUGAUUCAAUUAUGAAAUAA